AUGAGGAAAAAAACAAAAUAUAAUUGGAAAAGAGAACCCAAUAUAAAAACUGAAAUUGAUAACAGCGAAGCGUCUAAGAUUAAAUUAGAUAUAAAUUUUAAAACAGAAAAAUAUGACGAAUGUAACGAGUUUUUACUUCCCUCGAAAAAGAGACCUACAAAAGACAAAAGUAAAAAAAUUGUGUCUAAAAAAUUACUUUCGAAAAAGGAAAGAAAAAAGUUGGAAAAAAUAUUGGAUAAAAAAAAAAAGAAAGAAAAUAGAUCUUCUUUACUGGAUGCAUUAACACAAAUUCAAGCACCAAUAGAAGAAUUAAAACAGUUGACAUCCAUUUCGUCUAUUCAAACAAAAGGUCUGAAAAGACAUUUUGCUGAAACUUUAAAUACUACUGUAACUUUUAAUCAGUUAAGUUCUGAUAAAAAGGGUAAAAUUAAAAGAAAUAGUGUAGCUGGAGGUAAAAGAAAAAAACUCUUAGAAACUGUAAUUUCUAAAAAUCAAACAUCAGUAGAUGAUCCUAAUGUUGUCGCUUUUGAAAAUUCAUCUUCAUCUGAAGAUGAAUCUGAUAUUGAAAAUGACGACAAUAAAAGUAUCAAUGAUAAAGUUAUAGAAUUAAGCGACGAAGAAGCAGAUUCGAGUAAAAUUAAUGGUUUUAAUGAUGAUGAGGACAAAACAGCAUCAAACACUGUGAAUACUGAAGAAAAUAAUGGUUUAAACCAAGAAGAAAUUUUGCCACCAGAAGUCAAAAUUGAAUCUAACAGUGAAUCUACCCUAAUGACAUCUUCUGAUAUUAAAACAGAGGACAAAAGUAGUGACUUGCCAUUAUUAAAAAAAAUUAAAAUUGAACCUGAAGAAAAGUGCAAAACUUCUUCGACAAUAUAUGUACCAGUUGACAGAAGUUCUUCAAUUCAAGCAGAAAGGCAAAAAUUGCCAAUUGUCGCAGAAGAACAAAGUAUUAUGGAAGCCAUCAAUGAAAAUAAUAUAGUUAUAGUUGCUGGAGAAACUGGUAGUGGUAAAACAACUCAAGUUCCUCAAUUUUUAUAUGAAGCUGGCUAUGCAAGCAAUGGUAAAUUAAUAGGGAUAACUCAACCGAGAAGAGUCGCAGCAAUUUCAAUGUCGAAAAGAGUAGCAAGUGAAAUGAAUUUAGGUUGCGAUGUUGUCUCAUAUUUAAUUAGAUUCGAAGGAAAUGUUAGCGACAAUACAAAAAUAAAAUUUAUGACAGAUGGAGUUUUACUUAAGGAAAUCCAGAUUUUACUUUAUCAAAAUAUUCGGUAUUCAGUCGUACCUAACGACGACACGGAGUUGGAAAUGUUAGAAGAUGAUGAUGAUUUAGACCCUUUUAACAAUGAUUUAGAUAGUUCUGUCGAUGUUAUAAAAAUUGCACAACAACAACCAUUAUGGGUUUUACCAAUGUAUUCAUUACUUUCUUCUGCAGAUCAAGCAAAGGUGUUUAAAAAACCUCCUGAAGGAUGCAGAUUGUGUGUCGUAUCUACAAACGUUGCCGAAACUUCAUUAACAAUUCCAAAUAUAAAAUACGUUGUGGAUAGUGGUAAAACUAAAACAAAACUGUAUGAUAAAACCACCGGAGUGACAAAAUUUGAAAUUACCUGGUGUUCAAAAGCAUCAGCAAAUCAGAGAGCAGGUAGAGCUGGAAGAAUCGGUCCAGGAUAUUGUUACAGGUUGUAUUCGUCUGCAGUUUUCAACGAUGAAUUCCCAGAAUAUUCCAUACCGGAAAUUCAAUUAAAACCGGUUGACGAUUUAAUUUUACAAAUGAAAGCUAUGAACAUAGUUAAAGUAAUGAAUUUUCCAUUUCCUACCGCUCCGGAUUUGCUUCAACUUAAAUCAGGAGAAAAACGAUUGAAAAUUUUAGGAGCAUUGGAAGAAAGUACAUGUGAAAAAGAUGAAUGGUCUUCUAAAUUGAGUAAACUUGGCGAAACGAUGGCGAGUUUUCCCGUUUCUCCACGAUUUGCAAAAAUGCUUGCUCUUAGUUAUCAACAUAACCUUUUGCCCUACACAAUAAGCAUAGUGUCUGCAUUAAGCGUUAAUGAAAUUUUUUUAGAUGAUAGAGAAGGAAAUAAAUGGUCUGAAAUUCGAAGAAACUGGGCUGGCUCAGGAAACUCAUUUCUAUUAGGUGAUAUUAUGGUUUUGCUUCGAGUUGUCGGUGCGGCUGAAUAUUCUGUAAAUAAUUUAAAAGAAUUUUGUUUAAAAAACGGAUUAAGAUUAAAAGCAAUUAAAGAAAUAAGAAAAUUAAGAAUUCAAUUGACGAAUCAGAUAAAUCUAAACGUUCCCGAUUUAAAUUUAAUUCUGGAUCCUAAAUUGAAACCUCCUACGGAUACGGAAGCAAAAUUAUUAAGGCAAAUUAUGUUAGCCGGUUUAACGGAUCACGUGGCUCGCAAAGUAAAUCCAGACGAAAUCAAAGACAAUGAAGAAAAAAGAAAAUGGAGGAAAGCUUACAGAGACAGUGAAAUGGAAAGUCCCGUGUUUUUACACUCGGCAUCCGUAUUAAAAACAGACAUGCCGGAAUGGAUUGUUUAUCAAGAGGUUUACGAAACGAAUAAACUUUACAUGAGAGGAGUGACCGCGGUGGAACCCGAAUGGCUUCCAACUUUCGCCCCCUACUUGUGCACGUUAUCGGAACCUUUGCAGGAACCUCCUCCGUCUUAUGAUUCAGCCCCCGGUAAAAUUAAUUGCCACGUCAAUGGAACUUUUGGAAGGGCAGCUUUUACAUUACCCACCAUUAAAAUUCCAUUAACGUCUACAUUAGUCAGUUACAAGUGGUUCGCCAGGUUUUUCUUAGAAGGAGAAAUAUUUCCAAAAUUGAAAAAAUUUGUCGAAAGUCUUUUAUCCGCACCUACUGUUAUGACUAAAUCAUGGGCGAGGUAA